CCUGAGCAGCUAACAUCUGGAAAUGAUUAAUCGGCCUGAAUUGCAUCUAUUUCUCGGAGUUGAUUUGGUUUGGGCUCAGUGGUGUAUUUAACAAGCUGCACAGAAUCAGAAGCAGUUUUGGAGUGAAUGAGUGUAGGGGGGUAAAGAAACAAUGAUGAGAACAUUUCUGAUUAUGCUUUCCCUCUGCAGUAUGCAGUGUGAGGAUAUGCUGAAGCCCUUUGACUUGCUGUAUGAGGAGGGAAUCCAGGCGUAUUACAGAAAUGACUGGGAAGGUGUUGUUCACUACAUGGAAGAGGCUACUCGCAGCUAUGCUCAGCACAAGAGUAUUAAAGUCCAGUGCCGGCUGCAGUGUGAGAAGCAGCAUGAAUUCCAGGAAGCAGCCGAGCCCAAUCUAAUAUUCUUUGCAGUUAUCUUGAGAAGAGCUCAUUGUAUCCAGGAGUGUGAGUCACGGCGAAUGGGUCCACCUUCUAUGUACAGGGUCAGUGAGGAGGUUGCACGUGAGUUCCAGAAACGGAUCGUCUAUAACUACUUACAGUUGGCCUAUUACAAGCUCAAUGACUUGGAUAAAGCAGCUGUAGCAGCUCACACAUUUUUCCAGGCGAAUCCUGAGCAUGUGGAAAUGCGGCAGAAUCUAGAGCGAUACAAGCUGAUGAAGGGAGUGAAGGAAUCUCACUUCGUCGAUCAGGAUAUGAGGCCAUACAUGGUAGCCUUCAGUACUGGUAUGAAAUAUUAUGAUGAAGAACAGUAUUCCCUAGCUAUUGAUUCAUUCGAAGAGGCACUUACUCAGUACUGGGUCGCUGAGACUGAGUGCCGUGCAUUUUGCCAAGGCCCACAGGAGUUUGAUGGUAAUAAUUACCCAGCCAAGAGUUUUCACCUUUAUGAGCUCAUCACAGAUCAUUAUAUCCAGGUCCUCCAGUGUGAACAUGACUGUGUGAGAGAGUUGGCAACACGAGCAGGCCGCCUUUCUCCCAUUGAGAACUACCUACCCAUGCACUACGACUUCCUGCAGUAUUCUUACUACAAGGUUGGAAAUUAUGAAAAGGCUUUGGAAGCCACAAAAUCCUACUUACUGAUUCGACCAACAGAUGAAGACAUGCUGGAGAACCUGGAAUAUUACCAGAGUGUGCUACAGAGUCAAAUGGAUAUGAAUCAGAUCGCCCCUCGCCAAGAACUGGUUUGGUUCAUGGAUCGCUAUCGGUUGGAGAAGGAGCUUCUUCAGUCAGUCAGCAGUGAGCUGAGAUUCGUCUACGUGGAUCCAAUUAACUGGACUGUCUCUGGAACGAAACAUGAAAAUCAGGAUCAUCCUAAGAGACGGUUGUCAGGUGAAGAAGAAAGUUUGAAGGAACCAGAAAUGCCAACGAGCCAGAAGAGAAAAGUUAAGAGAAAGGUUCCACAACAGAGACAAGAAGGUGGACCCCUCCUCUAUGACCAGGUGAAACUUGUCUAUGAUUCGCAGCAAAUGAAUGGGAGCCAGCGAGUGCUCCUUGACGAUGUGAUCACUGCACAGGAAUGCCAUGAGCUAUUCCACUUGGCUAGUUCCAUCACGCUGGCAGGAGAUGGUUACAGAGGCAAGAUGUCACCACACACACCUAAUGAGCGCUUUGAAGGAGCAACUGUCUAUAAGGCCCUGGUGUAUGGCUAUGAAGGUCGGAUCCCAUUGCACAGAGCCAGGUUAUUCUAUGAUGUUAGUGAAAAGGCUAGGAAGAUCAUUCAAUCCUAUUUCAUGUUGAACUCCACACUAUACUUCUCAUACACUCACCUGGUCUGCAGAACAGCUAUUGAAGGCCAACAAGACAAUCGUAAUGAUCUGAGCCACCCAAUCCAUGCCGAUAACUGCCUCCUUGAUCCAGAUGCCAAUGAGUGCUGGAAGGAACCACCAGCUUACACUUACAGGGACUACAGUGCCAUCCUGUACCUAAAUGGGGAUUUUGAAGGCGGAGAAUUUAUCUUUACCGAAAUUGAUGCGAAAACCAUCACGGCUGCAGUGAAACCACAGUGUGGUCGAAUGGUUGGAUUUUCAUCUGGAGAAGAGAAUCCACAUGGAGUAAAAGCUGUCACCAAGGGUCAGCGGUGUGCUGUGGCUUUGUGGUUCACAUUGGAUCCGCUUUUUAGAGAAUUGGAAAGAAUCCAAGCUGAUGAAGUGGUUGAGUUAAUAUCACUGGCUGAGAGACUGGACGACAAGCUCAUCAUAAACCCAAGGGAUGAAUUGUGAAAAAUUCUUCAUUCAUAUAUUUAUUUAAUCUUCCCAGCAACCUUAAUAGAAUGUUCUAAUUUUCUGUACAAACUGUAAAAUUAAGUUGUUCAGAGAUUCUUUUCUAGUGUUGGUUUUUGCAAAUUGAAUUUUAUUGUAAGCUGAUAAUUGCGUUGUUUUAGAGACUGAAUUCUGGGUUUUCACUAAUAUUUGAACUGGAUUUUGCUAUCAGCUGUGAGAUGUACGUUUUAACACACAGUAACCCUCAGGGAAAAGAACAAAGCACUUUGUUCAGCUGAGAUUGAGGUUGUACACCAAAAGCUUGGGACUGGCUCUGUACAGCCUCUGCAAACAUUAGCAAUGAGACUGUGUACUGUUGCUCUGGGAUUGUGGGGGUGAACCACCCUGAUAGCACCACCCUGAAGGUGUAAAGGGGAAUUACUGGACUGCAUUCCUGUGGCUGAAAAUCUGGAAAUGAAAUGCUGGUACUGGUAAAAUUCACCACAAAUCUGUCAGAUUGUUGACCCUUUAGUGAAGGAGACCUGUUGUCCUCACCCACUUAGGAUCUGUAGGUGAGCUGCAGACUCCGUGUGCACCACAUUGUCUAUCCUCUGAUGUGGUGGACAAUGGGCUCUUGUGGAAAAACCACCUCUCUGCAUGUGAGAUAGCCUCCCUCUGGACUUCAGUGACUGGUAGGAGAGGUUAACACCACCAGGAAUGAGUAAUCACCAAGAGCUGCACAGAGUUGCUGACCCUACCGGCUCAAACCUUUGGGCUUCUGAGCAUCCCCUGGUGCCAGUCAUUGUCAAGAGGCAAGGACAAGGUUAGAAAGACAACCUCUCUGUCUGCCCCAGGGGCUCUAUACCAUGCGUUUCCAUCUCAGUCCAGCUGAUGGUAGAAACUUGUGGUGAUGGUUGAAAACAUAGCAUGAAUUUACUUUGAAGGGACAGGGAGGCUAAAUCUACCUCUGAGAGACACAGCAGCCAACCAGUUUAUACUGCCCAUCUCACCAAUGGAAGAUCAGAGAGGGUCCAAGAGAAAGGAAAAGCUCUGACUACUAAUGGGUUAACAGUGACCAAUUGGUUUAGUAGGCAGCCACCCCUUCCAAUAUUCACACAUUGCCAGUGUCAGGGGUGACUGCCAGUGUUAGAGAGACACGUGAAAUGUCAGAGUCUUGUGCUGUCUCUGCCCCCCAAAAUGGUGAGGCAUUGUAUCAAUUUGUUAAUCCCACCCCAUGAGAAUAGGAAUGCACGUGCUCAGCUAGGUGCUUUGUUUUUUCAUUAGCAAUAGUUGUGUUAUUACAAGAGAGCUGCAUUACCAUCAGAAUGUAAACAUGAGUACCCAGAGGACCCUGGUGAGCACAGCCUGUCAAACAUGUGCAAGGCAAAUGGACAACAUACAUUUAGAUCUAAUGUCAUAGUUUGUCAGAAGCAGUGUCCACUGUGAUACAAAGAGUCCCACAAAAAGCAGGGUUCGCCAUUCUGAUUUCCUUCCUUUUGGGCCUGAACUCGAACUUCACAACUACACCACACUCACCGGGAGCCUAUGGUUGGGUUAUUGUGGGAAAGUAAUUUAAAACUUCACUCGAAAACAAUAUAUCUUUUGAGACUGGGCCUGAAACAGUUUGGUGUGGGGGUGGGGUGGGUAGCUUUACUCUGUGGCUAAUCCUCAGCUGGACCUGUCCUGGGAAUGUUUAAUAGGGACAAUGUAGAGGAAACCUUACUUUGUAUCUAACCCUGUGCUGUACCUAUCUGGGGGUGUUUGAUGGGCUCAGUAUAGAGGAAGAUUUACUCUAUAUGUCAACCCAGGCUUUACCUAUCUUGAGAGUGUUUACUGGAGGCAGUGUAGAGGGAGCUCUAGUCUGAUUUAACCCCAUGUUUUACCUGGUCAGGGAGUGUUCGAGAUGCCUGUGCACCUGAAAUCAAAAACUUGCUACUGCUCAACACUAAUGGGUCUCAUCUUAAAAAUAGAAAUUUCACUGUUUAAAAAUUGUAUAGAAAUUGUGGUCUGGCUUCCUGAGGGUGAUUGUGUUCAUUCUUCAAUGGGAAGUAAUACAUUAUCUUGUGGUUAAGAAAAUAUUAUUUAUAAAAUAAUUAUUUUGUAGAUAUUAUUGAAAAUUAUUUUUGCAAAAUGAAUCUACAUUAAUCUGUGAAAUGUGUGCAAAUUCUGUUCUUGAGAUUCCCUCAAGUGUUAUCAUUAUUGUGGGUUUUCACUGAAACAAGUUUGAACAAUGUGAUUGCUUUUGUUGCUAUGUUUAAACAGCUCCUCCCUUUGAAGUUGCUGCUGUGACAUUGGUGGCAGUAGAUAGUCCAGAUGGUUAAAUAUUUGUACAUCAUGACCCACACUUUGCAGAAAUCCGUUCACCAACUUUACUUGAAAAAUGGAAUCUGUGAUACUGUCUUGUGGUAUAUUAUUCAGUGACAGAGGGUGGGAAGUGGGAUUCAAGGAUCAGUAUUACUGGGAACUGUAUUGUUCUCAAAUUGGAGGAACAAUUUAAGCUUUACGAUCAAAAACACAAUUUCCAAAUUUGCAGUGACACUUCAAUACUGACUUUCUCAAUUUUUAGAUUAAUUUGAAGACAUUAUCAACUUGCAGAAAUGGCUAUAAUUUCUAAAACUAUUUGAACAGGCCUUUAUGGAGUGUUACAUUUUAAUAAUAAGGAUUUAUUAUUUGGAAUCCAGAGUCAAAUGGAUUUGAGAGUAUGAGUUUGUGGUGAUGCAGGUUCGUGAGGACAUUGAAAAAGCAAAACUGCACAAAUAGAGUUUCUGAUGAAAUGUUAGAUUUGCAAAGCAGUUGGGUUAUGCUGGAACUUACUACCACAGACAUUGGUUAAGGCAAGGAGCACAGAAGUGCUUAGGGAGCAGUAGAUAAACAUGAGAAAAAAGAAGCGUGGGAUUGAAAGUUACGCUGAUACAAGAGGAACAAUGGGAGGAGGCUGAAGGGAGCAUGAACACCGGCAAGGACUGAUUUGGGCCAAAUGGCCUAUUCAGUGCCCUACAUCUUCUGUAACUGAUCCUUGACCUUCACCCCUUUUGCUGUCUGUCUGAAUUGCUCCACCUUGUCCCCUCUCUGUACCAAUCCUUCUUGCUACUUGCCCAUUCACUUUGCGUGUCUACUUUGUUCUCAUUCAUUUAGCUUUUAUUCUAAGAUGCUUUAGCAGCUGGGAGGGUACUGAGGAAUGUUCAUUGUGUUAUUAUACUUUGAUGCAACUUUUACUGAAUUCCAGUUUUUUUCAACACCAUGAGAAAGGUGAGAAAACGUGAUCCUGCAAAUAAAAUGUUAAAAUUCA